CCGGUGUGGUGGAGGUGAGUUGCUCGAGAGAGCAUCGCACUCUUUAGAUGCUACUUGAAAGCUUACGAGGACAUCCCAAAGAUUGAUAUGGAUAUCACGAAUGAAAUGAAAACAGGUGCGCAAGCAGCUUGCGUUUGUCCAUGGAACCGUGCAAGCCUGUUUCCAGCAAGAUUGUCUCCCUGUACGCCGAAAACAAUCACUUGCAGUUUGCAGUUCCGGAAGGAUUGAUUGGUAAGAUUGACCCUACUACGCUAUGCAGAGCGGACCGUCUCAUCGAUCAAGUGCUGGGUGCGAUUGUAACCUUCCAAAAGUCUACUGAGCUUGAAAUCAUCUUGUUCCUUCUCUGCCGUUUGCUGGGCAUUUGUCGAAGGUUCACCCGACUUCACUUACGUGUGCUGAGGUUGGAGAGGAGGUCGCGCUUUCGAGAAGCAUCGAGAAGUAUCGAGGGCUUGUAGGCAAAUGUUUCUAUCGACUUAGUAGACUGAUUCGCUACCUACUUGAUGUUCGGAGCCAAUUGAUCUACAUAUGUAUUUGAAGAGAAAACGGAAGGAAUACACUACUGAUGAUCAUGGGUAUACUCAGUAGAAGCGCAACGAAAUUGUAAGAAAUGACAAAGGACAUCUUUUAGAGACGAAUAAAUAAACAGGGCAGAUUAAUGAUGACCAUCAGUAUACUCAGAAGAGGAACAGCAUAUAGAGACCCAAAAACGAGUCCAGCGUCCAGCGUGUCUGAUUAUGAUAUGAGGAUUGGUGUUUGAAGUUGUGUUAGUGACGACGGGAGGUGCAGU